AUGUCGAAACCUGCGUUUUGGAUUAAGGAAUCACAAUGGUACUAUCCAAUGCGAACACUCAAAUGGGACCCAUGGUUUGAUCCGGAGAAAGAGACGAGCAUUGCAAUUGCAUGGAUUUCCUUUCCAACUUUAGCACUAAAUUAUUUUGAUCAAUCUCAAUUGUUUUCAAUGGCUUUAGCAGUAGGUACGCCACUAACAUUAGAUUUGGCUACCAAAAAUAAGACACGACCAAGUUAUGCUCGUGUCAUGGUGGAGGUUGAUUUAUUGAAGGAACAUCCUAAGCGAGUGGCUAUUCAAGCUGUUAAUAAUGCUACUGGAGAAGUUAAAACCAAGAGGGUGACGAUACAAUAUGAUUUCACGCCGAAGUAUUGUAAAGAGUGCUACCUGCAUGGUCACGAUGAAGAAACAUGUUGGAAAAUUCACCCAGAAUUGCUUCUUGAGAAGGAAAUUGAAGAAGGAGGCGAGGGUGAGGAGAAGGAAGUGCAAGUUCAUACUGCAGAGGAUAAAGGCAAACAAGCGGCUGUUACAAAUAAGGUGCAGGAACCAGGUACAAGCAAAAAUAUUAUAAGGCAAGCACAAUUUAAGCAAGCAAAUUAUAGAAAUAGGGACCAUGUGAUUAAGGUGUUGGAGAGUGGGAAAGUGGUUGGCAAUGUGAAGGACUUAUACAAAUGGCAAUCUAACAAAGGUAAGAAACAGGUGAAUAUUAAUGGAAACAAGCAGUUGAAUCUGGCCUUGCCAGCAGUUGAAGUAAAUGGUCCAAAGAAUGUAGGAAAACAGCUCGGCACUGAGGAGCUAGAGGAAGGAGUUGUUGAUGAUAACAAGAAGCUGAUGGUAGCAGCAGUUCUCAAUUCUGCUGUUUGCACUCCGGUUGUGGAAGCUGCAGAGAUUCCAAAUGUAGGGAAUAGCAUUGGGAAGCAGGUCAAUACAGUGGUGACUUCCUCUGAGGUAGUGGCACUAAUUGAUGAUGGGACUAAGGGAGUGGAGAAGCCCCUUAAUGUUGAUGCACCUGUUUAUACUCCAGGCAAAAGGCGGAAUUCACCAAUUCGAACUAAGCAAUGGGUGCAAAGUGCUUUUCCUAAAUAUGCAGAUCCUUCAGUUACUAUGAACAAAGAAUCUUAUGAUAUUCCAUCAAAUAGUUAUGGUCCUGGUGAGGAAAGAAAACUUUGGAGUGAACAAAUUAAAGAGAAUAAUGAAGAAAAGGAAAUUCAAGGAGAUAGAGCAGUUAGUGAGCAAAACUCUGAUUCACUAGGGUCAGCACAACAGGUUCAUGCAAUGUUUGACAAGGUAAUAGAUGAAGAGGUAGUGGAUAUUUCAAAUGCAACAGAUAACACUCAGGCAGUUGCUAAACAUGGUGGCAUGAGGCAUGAUGCAGAUGAUAAGGAGAAAACCAAAAAUGUAGAUACUCAGGUUCAGGAAGAGAAUGCAUGUAGUGAAGAGGUGGAUAACUUCUCAGCCAAAAAAGCCAAUGAUCUUCUUGAAAAACAGGCAGUUAGUGCAAGUCCUAAUGCAAUCAAAUCACAUGGAAAGGAGAAGCAUGGUGCUAAGGUGCAUGGUGACAAGGUACAAAUUUCAGAUAGCAUGCAGGAGUAUAGCCUGGAUGGGAAUGAUAUUGAUGAAUCUCAAGAUCAGACUGUUGGUGUAGAAUCUGGAAUUCAAGCUCACUCUGGUGCUAAAGUACAAGAUCUGGUAGAAAAGCAACAAGAAUUCAGCCCAAUAAUGACCAAAAUGACUGGUGUUACUUCAGGCAAUAAUAAGCAACAGUUAUCUAGUAUAGGUCAUGCGAAGGAUAGCAGCAAGGCUAGUUCUGGGGCAAAGCAAACUCAGAUAGUACAGCAGAAUGCAAGAAGAAACAAAGCUGAAGUACAAAAAGCUCCAGAUAAUGUUGCAGAUUUGCAAGUAGCAAUUCUAGAUGAGGAACAGGCUAAAAUAGAUAUGGAUGAAGAAUCGACUGCUCAGAAUUUUUUAAAUGCUGCAAGAGAGAGUGAUAUUUCCCCUAGACAGAUAGCAAAAGGGCACGGAAAGCAAAGAAGAAAGCUGCAAAAGAUAAUGCACCUCAUGUUUCAGGGGUGA